AUGGCUCCUCGCAAGGAGAAGACGGAGAAGGCCACGGCAGAUCAAGGAACUGCAAUGAUCAUUGAAUAUCUGAAGAAGCAGAACCGGCCCUACUCUGCAACGGAUAUCUCAGCCAACUUGCACAACAAAGUCACCAAGACCUACGCUGCCAAAGUCUUGAAGGAACUCCAUGAAUCCCAGGUGGUCGCUGGGAAGGGCGCUGGAAAGCAGUGGGUCUAUCAUGCUAUCCAAGACCCCGACGACGCCAUGAGUCUCGAAGACCUCGCAACUAUGGACAAGGAAAUCGCAGACCUCCGUGCAACCAUCGCUACCGCCAAAGCCAACGAAAAGCUCAUGCGAGCAAAUCUCGUCUCCGUCAACGCUACACUCUCUACCGUGGAACUCCGCAGCAGUGUGUCACUGCUAGAAUUGGAGAAGAAGGAGAUAAUUGCACGGCUGGGUCCUUUGAGGUCAGGCAAUGUGAAGCCGGUGUUGCCAGAGGAGAAGGAGGCGGUGGACAAGGCGUGGAGGGAGUGGUCGAGAAAGGCGAGUUCAAGGAGGAAGAUUUGCAUGGAGCUCUGGGCCAUCAGUACUGAAGAGAUGGAGCCGGGGAAGACGAGGAAGGAACUCUGGGAAGAGCUAGGUCUAGAAGGUGAUGAGUAG